AUGAUGGUAUCUGCAAAGCGCUUACAGGCGUCUCAGGACCCUGAAAGCUUCGAUGAUGAAGACGACGGCACAUCCCUGACGUCCAGUUCGCGCAAACGUAUUCGUAGGUCUGAAGCGUCAAACUCGGAAGAAGAGAACGAAACAAGCGAUGCUGAGGCAAGGAGUUCUUGGUCCCUCACCGAGGCUCUGGAUGAUGAUGAGGAUGAAUUGGAGCUGCGUGCUACACAAGCAAUUCAAGAGAAAUACUCUUUCGCCAACGACGAACCGAAUGUCCCUACCGAACACGGCAUCCUUGAGCGCGUUGAAUGUUACAAUUUCAUGUGUCAUGAUCAUUUCCAAGUCGAGUUGGGCCCAUUGAUAAAUUUCAUCGUGGGCAAGAACGGUAGUGGAAAGAGCGCUGUUCUCACUGCCAUAACUCUCUGCUUGGGCGGUAAAGCCUCUGCAACCAACCGUGGUCAGAGUCUGAAAAGCUUCAUCAAAGAAGGGAAAGAAAAUGCCACUAUCGUCGUGCGACUCAAGAACCAGGGUGAUGGAGCCUAUAUGCCUGAUGACUACGGAAAGUCGAUCAUAAUAGAACGUCACUUCUCCAAGAAUGGCACGAGUGGAUUCAAGAUCAAAGCUGAAAACGGGCGUAUAAUUUCCACUAAGAAGGCAGAGCUUGACUCGAUCAUUGACUACUUCACACUCCAAUUUGAUAACCCUAUGAACGUCCUCUCACAAGACAUGGCUCGCCAAUUUCUCAGCACGUCUAGCCCUGCCGAUAAGUACAGGUUUUUUGUGAAGGGCGUUCAGCUGGAGCAAUUGGAUCAAGACUACAGGCUUAUCGAAGAAUCUGCUGAUCAAAUUGAAGAGAAGUUGAGAAACAGAGAGCAAGACAUCGGGAUCUUAAGAGAUCUUAAAGAUACAGCGGAUCGCAGAUUGGAAAAAUCAGAUCAGCAGGAAUCACUCAGAAGUCGCAUUAGAAACUUGAGGGACUCCUUGGAGGGCGAGCUCGCGCGGGCGGACGGGGAGAUAGCAACUGCUGAGGCUCAAUUGAGCGUAUUUGACGUCAAUAUACAGGACACAGAGCGUGAAUGUGCGGCUGCAGCGGAGUUCCUCAACCAGGCUACUUCCAGGCUUGAUCAGGCCCAGAGCGAAAGAAACGAAAUAAAAACCAAAUUGGAAGAACAAUUAAGCGAACGCCAUGACCUGCAGGCCGAGCAACGUCAAAUUAAGGAAUAUCUCAGAACAACAGAGACAAGGAUUCGUGACACUCAGAGUCAGAUUGCUGAGGAAAAUCGGCGCCUGGCAGAUCUUAGUGGCGGGAGCUAUGCUCGAAAAGAGGAACAAGUCCAACAAGCAAAGACCGAGGCCGCUGAGAUUCGGAGACAGUGCGAAGAGCACCAACAGAGUGCUCGCCAGCUAUACCAAGAAGCCGAAGAAGCCGAGAAGGCAGUCAAAUUGGCUGCCGCUCCUAUAGACAAAAUGAAGGCUGAGGUCGACCAGGCAGAGUCCAACUUACGCAAUCUCAACAGGGAAGGAAUCAGACGUACAGGCUUCCAUGAAAGGAUGCCAGCACUCCUUAAAGAGGUAGAAAUUGACCGGUCAUUCUCCAGGAAACCUGUCGGCCCCAUUGGAAGUUACGUGAGCUUGUUGAAACCCGAGUGGUCAUCUAUAUUGGAGAACGCCCUUGGCACCACAUUGAACAGCUUCAUUGUGACCUCUAAGCGAGAUAUGAACAUUCUUUCACACAUUAUGCAGAGAGUUGGCUGUGUGUGCCCUAUAUUCAUAGGAAGUGAUGGCCACAUUGAUACGUCAGAACAUGAGCCAGAAUCACAAUAUGAUACAGCCCUGCGAAUUCUUCAAAUCGAGAACGAAUUGGUUCGUCGACAGUUGAUCAUAAAUCACGGCAUAGAGCAGAUGCUCCUGAUUGAAAGGCUUGAAGAUGCCUCGUCUGUGCUCUUUGAUGGGCAGCGCCCGAAAAAUGUGAAGCGGUGCUACUGUAUUGAUCCAACAGAUCGGCGCCGAGGAAUUCAUCUUUCCUACAGUCGAACAGGAGAUCCCAGCCAGGCACCAGUCCAAGCCUACAAUGGAAGUCCACGGAUGAAAUCCGAUUUGGAAUCGCAAAUCAGAAUUCAGCGUGAUGUAGUAGCAGGCCUUAGACGUGAGCUAAGCAAUCAGGAACAGCAAUUGCGCUCCGCUCAGUCUCGCCUAGAAAGCUGUAAGCAAGCUAUUGAGAGACAUAAGCGAAGAUCAAAAGAAUUACAAGUUCUGUUGCAGAGGCAAGAGGAUCAAGUGGAAGAGCUCACCGAUGCGCUUGAACGAGAGACUGUCGAGGAUGGACAUCUGGAUGUGCUACGAGCAACUCUUCAAGAGGCUGAGGCAGAGAAACGCCUAAACGAAGGGUCAUUGAAGGACAGUGUGGAUGCUAUGGAUGCCAUGAUGAGGAAAUUGAAAGCGACCAAGCAAGAGCUUUCCGCAAAAGAUGCCGAAAUCUCGACCUUGCAGGAAGAGCUUCGAGUUGCUCAGGGAGAGGAACAUUUGGUGCAAGAGAAGCGCCGGAAGAUCAUUGGCCGUAAAAAUACAGCAAUUGAGCGAGUCAAUGACAUCAAGCUCAACAGAACAAGGAUUCAACAAGAAAAGGAUUGUGUUGCCGCACGUGUCGUCGAAUAUGAGGAGAAGGCCAGUCUAGUUUCACCACGGGUUGCGAUUGAUGAAGGGGAAACCGCGAACACUCUAUCGAAGAAGCUCGAGAGACUUCACGGGGAUCUUCAACGGUCCAAUCAACAACUCGGAGGAUCCCGUGAUGAAAUUGCUGCUGAAGUGGAAAGGGCUACUGCGGCCUAUCAACGAGCGAUGAAGCAAGUCGAGGAAUUUAGACUGCUAGCUGACGUUCUCAAAGCAACUCUGAGGCAUCGUAAAGCUCGUUGGCUCAUCUUCAGGUCACAUAUCUCGUCUCGUGCCAAAGCUCAAUUUACAUACCUCUUGAGCGAAAGAAGUUUUCGCGGUCGACUCCUUACUGACCAUAAUGCCAAGCUCCUCGAUUUACAGGUCGAACCUGACAUAACAAAGGAGAGUGCUGGUCGUGGUGCGAAGACCCUGUCCGGUGGCGAGAAAUCAUUCUCGCAAGUUUGCCUCUUGUUGGCGCUCUGGGAGGCCAUGGGAUCCCCGGUCCGUUGCCUGGAUGAAUUUGAUGUAUAUAUGGAUCAUAUCAACAGAAAAAUGGCGAUUGAUAUGCUCAUGCUCGCUGCCCGGCGGUCCAUUGGGCGACAAUUCAUACUUAUUACACCGGGGUCAAGAGCUGAAAUCACCUUGGCUCCCGAUGUUCGAGUGAAAGAAUUGGCAGAGCCAGAACGUGGCCAGACAAGGCUUCCUUUUUAA